UCAUCGAUAUCGACCCUGUAGCUCUCCGGAAAGGUCACGUCAAGAUAAGAAACAAUUCCUCCGAGAACUCGAGCAACACUGUGCACAGUAACAUCGUGUCAACGGGAGUACCCAACUUGCACAUGGGAGUUGAGGUGAGGAUAGUCGACAGUGUCACGAGGCAACUUUGCUCGCCUAACACCGUGGGUGAAGUUUGGAUAUCGAGUCAAAGUGUUGGAAAAGGUUAUUACGGUAAAGACAAGAUCUCCGAGGAGACAUUCCGAACGAAGCUUGCCAACUGUGACCACGGGAAUCACGGAAACUUCUUAAGAACGGGCGACCUCGGGUUCAUCUACAACGGUGAACUUUUCGUCACCGGACGGGAAAAAGACGUCAUCAUUAUUAAUGGCAAGAAUCAUUAUCCGCAAGAUAUCGAACUCUCUGUUCAGGAGUGCCACAACGAAAUUCGGCCCGGCUGCAUAGCGGCACUUCACCAUCAAGAUCACGAAGUUGGCACCGAUUCAUUGAUAGUUCUCGCCGAGAUCCGUAAUCAAAAGGAAGUGAGACCCGAACACCUGCAACUAAUAGUCGACGAGAUAAGUCGCGUUGUACCUGCAAAACAUGGUUUGUCCGCACAAAGAAUCAUCAUCCUCAAGCAGCACAGUUUACCGAAAACGACAAGCGGAAAACUUCAACGAUCCAAGACGAAGGAAAUGUUGUUGACCGGUUUGCUUGAUAAAAAGAUCCUUUUGAGUGUUGGGGAG